UGAAACAGAUGUAUUUGAUAUUUCAAUCAUGUCAUGUCAAGCGCUUCCCAGUCCGCAGCAUGCGCGUACUCGUCGUAUUCCCCACAGCGACGACCCAAGCACCGAACAAAGAACGAACAAAGAACACUCACCGCCGAACCGACUUUUCCACAUCACCACAACCCUAUCCCGACACCACCUCGCACGACACAGCGGUCGCACUUCCGAACCUACUCAAUCCAGCACAAUGACGAAAAACCAUCGAACGCUUCUUUGACCACCACACAGCGCCUACGCAACCUUAAUGCUCCUUCGCCUCGCACCGUCAGCCUCCGCACCCCCUCCGGGCUCACCUCCGAACCCAUCCAAUGCAGUAAUCCCCCCUACAUUACAAUUGCAAAAAAGUGUAG